AUGGUGCGCUGGAUCUCGAAUGCCGGCCCGGCGGGAAUCCCGCUCACGCUGCAGACAAUCCGCGACCACGUCGCGGUCAUCGCACGUGACUUGGGAAAGCCGCCCUCAUUCCGCUGUUCCGUGGGAUGGGUGCGCCGCGCACUGCGCCGCAAUGGCAUCAGGUGCCAGAGCGCUGCUGGCGAAGCCGCGGAUCAGGACAUGGCGGCCGUGCGCACUUGCAAGGAGAAGCUCCCGCAACUUCUCAUGCACCUCUGCGUCUCCCCGCGCGACAUCUACAACUUCGACGAGACCGCAUUGUUCCUCUCGGUGUUGCCGCGGAAGACAUACGCGCGUUCUCGUCUCUUCACGCACUUCAUGGAGCAACUGAACACGGCAAUGUUCGCCGAGGAACGUCACAUCGUCAUCCUCCUCGACAACGCCUCGAGCCACGUGCUCAAGACCGAGGGAGCCGAGACCGAGGACUUGUUUGGCUUCCGCACUCGGUCGCUGAGCAACCUCUGGCUGGUGUUCCUUCCACCGAACACCACCUGCUUCGUUCAGCCGCUGGACCAGGGCCUCAUCGCCAUGAUGAAGGCCCGCUACAGGCAGCAUUGGCUCGAGGCCGUCGUCGCGAAAUCGGUAGAUGGCGGCGCCACGGGUAAUUUCGCGCGCUACAAGCCGAAUCUCCGCGACGUCCUGGCGUGGCUGCUGGACGCGUGGAUGAACAUCAGCACGCGCACCAUUCAGAGGUGCUGGUGGCGGACGGAGUGCCUCCCUCUCGCGUGGACCCUCUCUCUGUCCCACGUGGGCGCCGCGGGCCUCACCCCAGGUGGCCGUGGUGUUGUGCCGCUCGCCAUCGAUCUCGAUGGCGAGAUCGAUGACGUGGGCAUUCUCAUCUAUCGUCUUGGCCUCGGCCCAAGCGCGAUGCCGGCCGCCGACUUUGUCGCAAUCGACAACGGGCAGCCGACGUGCGCGGAGCCGGGCGAGGAUCCUUUGGCCGAUGAGCCCGCGUCGGCGUAUUCGGCUGCGUCGUGGGAAGCGCCUACGAGCAUGGAGGCUGUCUACAACGACGACAACCCCGCGUCCCGCGAGGCUCGUCGCUAUGCGCGCGCCGCAUGUGAGAUACUAAUCGGGUACGCGCGCGCCAUCAGCAUCACCUCCCGCGAGCUUUGCGCCCUCUUCGAGUGA